AUGAUGAGUACUACUCCACACCCACGUUAUUAUAUUAAUUAUGCAAAGCAACAGCCGAAAGUAUCGGCAGCAGCACGUGUGUUUACGACGCUACCAAUUUCCAUAAUCGUGACAUCGUUUUUAUUAUCGUCGCUAAUUUUAUUAAUGCACUGCAAAGAGACGCAGACGCGACGUCUACAACCAUGCGAAUUAGCAGGUCAAUUGUAUAUAUUGGACAUACCGAAAGAGGAGUUACCGCUAUGGCUUUGCAUUGUACAAUACGAGAGUCGCUUCAAUACCCAUGUCAUUGGUUCGAGGAAUACGGAUGGAUCCCUGGAUUAUGGCAUAUUUCAAAUAAGUGAUAAAUAUUGGUGUAAACCACCGACGACCACCGAAGAUCCUCCACUAGUUCAUUAUUUCAAUGAAUGUGAAGUCGAUUGUAUGGAUCUAAUGCAGGAUGAUAUUACCGAGGCUGUAAAAUGUGCUAAACUCAUACGAAAGCAGCAGGGUUGGUCAGCAUGGUCGGUAUAUGGAGAAUUUUGUAAUGAUACAUCGAAUGCGGCAAUGAUAUAUCAGGAUAUUGAAAUUGAAGAAUGUUUCAGUUAG